GUUAAAGUAGCACUAGCCCCCACUAACACAAGAACUACCCAGAUUCUAGUGGCAUUUCAAGUAAAAACCAACAAAAUCCAACCCUCUCCCUCCAUAGCUUAUAAACCUCGUUACUUGUCUCCCUCUUUCAAUAUCCUAUCCUCUUCAGCUCAGCAAUGGCGUCCGUACUUUGCUUCACUGCCAUUUCUGUCCUCCUCCUUUUCCACCCGUCCCCGACAGCCGCCGCGACCCGGAAGACCUACAUCGUACACAUGAAACACAGCGACAAGCCGUCUUCUUUCGAGACUCACCGGGAUUGGUACUCUGCUCGUCUUCAAUCCGUUUCUGCUGAUUCCGCCUCGCUUCUGUACAGUUAUAGUACGGCCUACCAUGGCUUCGCCGCCGCAUUGGAUGCUGAGGAGGCGGCGGCGCUCCGUCGGGAUGACGGCGUUGUUGGGGUGUACGAGGAUACGGUGUACAGUCUGCAUACGACGCGUACGCCGGAGUUUCUCGGGUUGGAUGCCGGGUUCGGGAACCGGGUCGACCAUAACAUGCAGGUUUUGAACCGGGCGGCUCAGGACGUCGUCAUUGGGGUUCUGGACACCGGGGUUUGGCCGGAAUCGAAGAGUUUUAGCGACGUCGGGAUCCCCGCCGUGCCGUCGAGGUGGCGCGGGAAGUGCGAGUCCGGCCCGGAUUUCGACCCGAAAGUGCACUGUAAUAAGAAGCUGAUCGGAGCUCGGUUUUUUUCCAGAGGGUUUAAGACGGCCACCGGAAUGGUGUGGUCAGGGGAGUCAGAAUCGCCACGCGAUAACGAGGGCCACGGGACCCACACUGCCAGCACCGCAGCGGGGUCUCACGUGACGAACGCGAGCCUUUUCGGUUACGCCGCGGGGGUGGCACGUGGCAUGGCAACUCACGCGCGCGUCGCCACCUAUAAGGUCUGUUGGAGAUCCGGCUGCUUCGGCUCCGACAUUCUCGCCGGAAUUGAACAGGCGAUCCUCGACGGCGUCAAUGUCAUCUCCAUGUCUCUCGGCGGCGGCUCCGUCCCCUACUACCGCGACACAAUCGCAAUCGGAGCGUUCUCCGCUAUGGAGAGAGGAAUCUUCGUUUCGUGUUCCGCCGGGAACAGCGGCCCGAUUAGAUCUUCCGUCGCUAAUGUCGCUCCCUGGAUCAUGACCGUCGGCGCCGGAACAAUCGAUCGCGAUUUCCCGGCGUACGCUACAUUAGGCUCCGGAAAACGAUUCACCGGAGUAUCAUUAUACAGUGGGAGAGGAUUAGGGAAACAGCCAAUCGGACUGGUAUACACUUCCGGCACCGAUAAUUCCGGCAAUCUCUGCCUCCGCGGCUCGCUCGAUCCGAAAUUGGUGAAAGGAAAAGUAGUUUUGUGCGAUCGAGGCUCAAACGCUAGGGUUGAGAAGGGUUUGGUAGUGAAGGAAGCCGGCGGGGUGGGGAUGAUAAUCGCCAACACGGAGGCGAGCGGGGAGGAGCUCGUGGCGGACAGCCACACAUUGCCGACGGUGGCGGUGGGGAUGAAAAUGGGAGACGCGAUAAGGGAGUACGCAAAGACAGCGAAGAACCCCACGGCGGUGCUCAGCUUCGGCGGGACGGUGGUGAACGUAAAGCCGUCGCCGGUAAUAGCGGCGUUCAGUUCAAGAGGGCCCAAUACGGUGACCCCACAGAUUCUAAAGCCCGACGUGAUUGGGCCGGGAGUGAAUAUCUUGGCUUCUUGGUCCAUGGCUACGGGCCCCACCGGGCUUCAGGAGGACACUAGGAGAACUCCAUUCAAUAUCCUCUCUGGAACAUCGAUGUCGUGUCCCCAUAUAAGUGGGCUCGCAGCUUUGCUCAAAGCGGCCCAUCCAAAAUGGAGCCCAAGUGCGAUCAAGUCAGCCCUCAUGACAACAGCCUACACUCUAGAUAGCACUAAUUCUACUUUACGGGACGCCGAGGGCGGUCUGGGUUCCAGCCCAUGGGCCUACGGGUCAGGCCACGUGGACCCGCACAAGGCCCUAAACCCGGGCCUGGUCUACGACAUCUCCAUAACCCAAUACAUAAUGUUCCUCUGCUCCCUGGACUACGACACCGACAACAUCCGAGCCAUCGUGAAACGACCGAACGUGACGUGUCACAAGACGUUCAGGGACCCGGGCCAGCUCAACUACCCGUCGUUCUCGGUCGUGUUCGGAGGGGGGUCGAGAGUUGCGCGGUACACGCGCGUGCUCACCAACGUGGGGGCGGCGGGGUCGGCGUACGAGGUGGCGGUGGAGGUGCCGCCGCAGGUUACGGCGACGGUGAAGCCGACGAGGUUGGAGUUCAAGAAUGUGGGGGAUAGGUUGAGGUACACGGUUACUUUUGUGGCUAAGAAGGGUGUUAAGGCUAAGAAUGCGUUUGGUUCCAUUUCUUGGAAUAGUGGUGAGAAUCGGGUGAAGAGUCCGGUUGCUUUCUCUUGGACAGAUAUAUAUUAGGGUAGCGGUUUGGAUUGUGUUGGGUAAUUGGGCCUUUGAUCUUGUAAGAAUGCAGGCUUGAUUGCAAUGUGUGUGUGUGUUUUUAAUGUAUUUGGGAAAAUAGAUGAAUGCUAAAAUUCUUGUUUUGUUCUUGUGUACAAGUGAAGAGAUGAGAUUGAUUCAAAUGUCAACAACUUUUU